CCAUGAUUCCCGUCACGGAAUUGCGCUACUUUGCGGACACCCAGCCGGCGUACCGCAUCCUGAAGCCCUGGUGGGACGUCUUUACGGACUACAUCUCCAUCGUGAUGCUAAUGAUCGCCGUAUUUGGCGGGACCCUCCAGGUCACCCAGGACAAAAUGAUCUGCUUGCCUUGCAAAUGGGUCACCAAAGACGCUUGCAACGAUUCUUCCCGCGAAUGGACGGCUGCAAACGUGGACCCCGGCUACUACAACGCUUCCCUGGGGACGCCCCUGGACCCUGGUCCCACCGGGAUCAAAUACGACCUCGACCGCCAUCAAUAUAACUACGUGGACGCCGUGUGUUACGAAAACCGCCUUCACUGGUUUGCCAAGUACUUCCCCUACCUCGUCUUGCUGCACACCCUCAUCUUCCUGGCCUGCAGCAACUUCUGGUUCAAGUUCCCCAGGACUAGCUCCAAACUGGAGCACUUCGUCUCCAUCCUCCUGAAGUGCUUCGACUCUCCGUGGACCACCCGGGCCCUGUCCGAGACGGUGGUGGAGGAGAGCGACCCCAAGCCGGCCUUCGGGAAGAUGAACGGCUCGAUGGAGAAGAAGUCCUCCAACAUCAGCGAAGACGUGGAGGCCACCGCCCCCAUGCUGCAGAGGACCAAGUCUCGGAUUGAGCAAGGCAUCGUGGACCGCACGGAGAACGGGGUCCUGGACAAGAAGGAAGGGGAGCAGGCCAAGGCUCUCUUCGAGAAGGUCAAGAAGUUCCGGACUCACGUGGAGGAAGGAGACAUCGUCUAUCGCCUCUACAUGAGGCAAACCAUCAUCAAGGUCAUCAAGUUCAUCCUCAUCAUUUGCUACACGGUCUACUACGUCAACAACAUCACCUUCGACAUCGAUUGCAAAGUGGACAUUGAGAGCCUGACGGGCUACCGCAUGUACCGCUGCGCUCACCCCCUGGCCACCCUCUUCAAGAUCUUGGCGUCCUUCUACAUCAGCCUGGUGGUCCUCUACGGCCUGAUCUGCAUGUACACCCUGUGGUGGAUGCUCCGGAGGUCCCUCAAGAAGUACUCCUUCGAGUCCAUCCGAGAGGAGAGCAGCUACAGCGACAUCCCCGACGUCAAGAACGACUUCGCCUUCAUGCUCCACCUGAUCGACCAGUACGACCCUCUCUACUCCAAGCGCUUCGCCGUCUUCCUCUCGGAGGUGAGCGAAAACAAGCUCCGGCAGCUGAACCUCAACAACGAGUGGACGCUGGAGAAGCUGCGCCAGAGGAUCACCAAGAACUCCCAGGACAAGCUGGAGCUGCACCUCUUCAUGCUCAGCGGCAUUCCCGACACGGUCUUUGACCUGCUUGAGCUGGAGGUCUUGAAACUGGAGCUCAUCCCCGACGUCACCAUCCCGCCCAGCAUCGCCCAGCUCACCAGCCUGAAGGAGCUCUGGCUGUACCACACGGCGGCCAAAAUCGAGGCCCCGGCUCUGGCCUUCUUGAGGGAGAACCUGAAAUCCUUACACAUCAAGUUCACGGACAUUAAGGAGAUUCCCUUGUGGAUUUACAGCUUGAAGACCCUGGAAGAGCUUCAUCUGACGGGGAACCUGAGCGCCGAGAACAACCGCUACAUCGUGAUCGACGGCCUGCGGGAGCUGAAGAGGCUGAAGGUCCUGAGGCUGAAGAGCAACCUGACCAAGCUGCCCCAGGUGGUGACGGACGUGGGCGUCCACCUGCAGAAGCUCUCCAUCAACAACGAAGGCACCAAGCUCAUGGUCCUCAACAGCCUGAAGAAGAUGGUCAACCUGACGGAGCUGGAGCUCAUCCGCUGCGACCUGGAGCGCAUCCCUCACUCCAUCUUCAGCCUCCACAACCUGCAGGAGAUCGACCUCAAGGACAACAACCUCAAGACCAUCGAGGAGAUCAUCAGCUUCCAGCACCUCCACCGCCUCACCUGCCUUAAGCUCUGGUACAACCAAAUUGCCUACAUCCCCGUGCAGAUCGGCAACCUGACCAACCUGGAGCGCCUCUACCUGAACCGCAACAAGAUCGAGAAGGUGCCCACCCAGCUCUUCUUCUGCCGGAAGCUCCGCUACCUGGAUCUCAGCCACAACCUCUUGAUUUGCCUGCCGGCGGAAAUCGGGGCGCUGCAGAACCUGCAGAACCUCGCGGUGACGGCCAACAGG